UCGUCCAAUGAACGCGCGGCCUUUGUGACGACGGCGGUCCGUCGAUUCACGUGACCGGAUGCUCUUGCACAUGCGCCGUUGCGGGGGGGGUUAUGGGGAGCUGAUGUUGUGUUGGUCUGGAGGGUCCCUGUGUCCAGGAAGAGGAUAUGAGAAGAGCAGCUUUGCAGGUAGAGCUCCCCAAAUGAGUACCAUGUGAAGGUCUGAUAGAGCCCCUUGAUUCGUGGGACAGGAGAGACGUCCCUCUUUCAGUCCAGAAGGGGAAAAUUCUUUGAACGUUUUUGUCUGCUUCAGUAGGCUCUUAAAGUAUCAUCUUUACCUGAACCACAGGGGCACGUGCCUGAGCCAGUUUGCCCACUGUGGGGAAAGGAAGUCUCAGGAGGCAUUCCGCGCGCCAUGGAGAAACCGUGGAAGUGUGGGGAUUGCGGGAAAGGAUUCCGCUAUCCCUCCAUGCUGGAGAUCCACCGCCGUGUCCACACCGGGGAGCGGCCCUUCACCUGCUCCGUCUGCGGCAAGGGCUUCACCCAGUCGCCCCACCUGCUGUCCCACCAGCGGGUCCACACCGGGGACCGGCCGUUCGCUUGCUCCGAGUGCGGGAAGGACUUCAGCGAAUCGUCCAGCCUGCUCAAGCACCAGCGGGUCCACACCGGGGAGCGGCCCUUCACCUGCUCAGUGUGCGGCAAGAGCUUCCCUCACUCGUCCAGCCUGCUCAAGCACCAGCAGGUCCACACCGGGGAGCGGCCCUUCACCUGCACCGUCUGCGGCAAGGGCUUCACCCGCUCGUCGCACCUGCUGACCCACCAGCGGGUCCACACCGGGGAGAGGCCGUUCAGCUGCUCCGUCUGUGGCAAGAGCUUCUCUCACUCGUCCAGCCUGCUGCGGCACCAGCAGGUCCACACCGCGGAGCGGUCCUUCAUCUGCUCCGUCUGCGGCAAGGGCUUCUCUCACUCGUCCAGCCUGCUGCGGCACCAGCAGGUCCACACUGGGGAGAGGCCAUUCCCCUGCCCUGUCUGUGGGAAGGCCUUUACCCAGGCCUCCAACCUCCAGACCCACCGGCGGGUCCACACCGGGGAGAGGCCCUUCAGCUGCCCCGAGUGUGGGAAGGCCUUCAGGAAUUCCUCCCACUUGCUGACCCACCAGCGGAUCCACACGGGGGAGAGGCCCUUCAGCUGCCCUGAAUGUGGGAAGGCCUUCAGCACAUCCUCCACCCUGCGGAGUCACCAGUGGGUCCACACGGGGGAGAAGCCCUUCAGCUGCCCCGAGUGUGGGAAGGCCUUCAGCAAUUCUGCUAACCUGCUAAGCCAACAGCAGGUCCACACUGGGAAGAGGCUGUUCCCUUGCACAGAGUGUGGGAAGGCCUUCAGGUAUUCUUCUCACUUACUGACCCACUGGCGGGUCCACACCGGGGAGAGGCCUUUCAGCUGCCCCGAGUGUGGGAAGGCCUUCAGCCAUUCCACCAACCUGCUGACCCACCGGCGGGUCCACACAGGGGAGAGGCCGUUCCCAUGCCACGUGUGCGGGAAGGCCUUCAGCAUUUCCUCCCACCUGCUGAGGCACCAGCGGGUCCACACGGGGGAGAGGCCCUUCAGCUGCCAUGUGUGUGGGAAGGCCUUCACCCGCUCCUCCCACCUGCGGAGCCACCAGCGAAUCCACCGCCGUGUCCACACUGGGGAGAGGCCGUUCAGCUGCUCCGAGUGCGGGAAGGGCUUCACCCAGUCGUCUAUCCUGCUGACCCACCAGCGUUUCCACACCGGGGAGCGGCCCUUCACCUGCCCCGUCUGCGGCAAGUGCUUCACCCAGUCGUCCACCCUGCUGACCCACCAGCGGGUCCACACCAGGGAGCGGCCCUUCACCUGCUCCAUCUGCGGCAAGGGCUUCACCGACUCCUCCCACCUGCUGACCCACCAGCGGGUCCACACCGGGGAGAGGCCGUUCAGCUGCUCGGUCUGCGGCAAGAGCUUUACCCAGUCGUCCAACCUGCUGCAGCACCAGCAGGUCCACACCGGGGAGUGGCCCUUCACCUGCUCUGUCUGCGGCAAGGGCUUCGCCCGCUCGUCCGACCUGCUAACCCACCAGCGGGUCCACACGGGGGAGCGGCCGUUCAGCUGCUCGGUCUGCGGCAAGAGCUUCACCCGCUCGUCCACCCUGCUGCGGCACCAGCGGCUUCACACCGGGGAGCGUCCCUUCACCUGCUCCGUCUGCGGCAAGAGCUUCUCUCACUCGUCCACCCUGCUGCGGCACCAGCGGCUUCACACCGGGGAGCGGCCCUUCACCUGCUCCGUCUGCGGCAAGGGCUUCACCCAGUCGUCCCACCUGUUCUCACACCAGCAGGUCCACACCGGGGAGCGGCCCUUCACCUGCCCCGUCUGCGGGAGGGGCUUCGCUUCCUCUCAGCACCUGCUGCGGCACCAGCGGGGGCACAAGUGACGGGGCCAGCCGCUGUGAGUCACCGCCCAGGGCUGAACCCUGGGUGGGAUGGGGGAGGGUCACUGCAGUUGCUGUGCUCUCAUCCCCUUGGCAUCCAGUGGUUCUGCGAGCCUGCGACUGCGCAUUUCCUCCUGAAGUGGAGAUGUACAACACAGAAACAGACCCUUCGCUCCAACUCCUCCAUAUCCUCAACUAAUCAAGUCCCAUUUGCCAGCAAUUGGCCCUAUCCCUCCAAACCUCUCCUUACACAGAUACCCAAGUGGAUGCCUUUUAAAUGUUGCAAUUGUACCAGCCUCCACCACUUCCUCUGGCAGCUCAUUCCGCACGCACACACCACCCUCUGUGUGAAAAAUGUUGCCCCUUAGGACCCUUUUUAAAUCUUUCCCCUCUCACCCUAAACCUAUGCCCUCUAGUUCUGGCAAAAGACUUUGUCUAUCCCUAUCCAUGCCCCUCAUGAUUUUAUAAACCUCUCUUAAAGUCAACCCUCAGCCUCCGACGUUCCAGGGAAGACAACCCCAGCCUGUUCAGCCUCUCCCUGUAGCUCAAACCCUCCAACCCUGGCAACAUCCUUGUCAAUCUUUCUGAACCCUUUCAAGUUUUGCAACAUCCUUCCGAUAGACCAGAAGUGCACAUAAUACAGAGGAACUUCGAUUAUCCAGAAUUAGAUGAACCAGCACGGUGGCUCAGUGGUUAGCGCUGCUACCUCACAGUACCAGGGACCCUGGUUUCAUUCCUGCCUCAGGUGACAGACUGUGUGGAGUUUGCACAUUCUCCCCGCGUCUGCGUGGGUUUCCUCCUAGUGCUCCGGUUCCGUCCCACAGUCCAAAGAUGUGCAGGUCAGGGUGAAUUGGCCAUGCUAAAUUGCCCGUAGUGUUAGGUACAUUAGUCAGAGGGAAAUGGGUCUGGGUGGGUUACUCUUCGGAGGGUCAGUGUGGACUGGUUGGGCCUGUUUCCACACUGUAAGGGAUCUAAUCGUCAAGCGACUGAAAUACACCCUGCAUGUGUCCUUUGGAUAAUCGAGGUUCCUGUGUAUUCCAAAAGUGGCCUAACCAACGUCCUGUCCAGACCCCAACCCCUAUACUCAGUGCUGUGACCAAUAAAGUGAUCUGCAGAAUCUGCGGGACUUGCUUAAUCCUGGAAGGUAAAUCACGUGUUUCUCCUUCUCUUGCAGGUGGAUCCAAGAUUUCACUCUCUGUCCCAUUGAGUCUCCAGUCAGGUCCUUCAGCUCAACUGGUCUCUCUCAGUAUUUCUGACCCAUGUGAGCCUCUACGCACCUCCCCUUCACUUGCUCACACUUGAUUUCCCUUACAGCAGCAUUCCCUUCAGUUCCUUUCUCCCUGACGUCUGUAACCAGCUUCUCCUUAAAUGCCGUCCACCUCGACCUGCUACUGUGGGGGUCAUUCCCGCUGCAGACAGAGGUCUCUCCUUUGUAACCUCUUCAAAAGAUUUACCGCUGACUUCCCCCUUC